ACAGCUGGGAGGAAAAGAUGUUUGGCUUUCACAAACCGAAGAUGUAUCGGAGUAUAGAGGGCUGCUGUAUUUGCAGAGCUAAGUCUUCCAGUUCUCGUUUCACUGACAGCAAACGUUAUGAAAAGGAUUUCCAGAAUUGUUUUGGACUCCACGAGGCCCGCUCAGGAGAUAUUUGCAAUGCCUGUGUCCUUUUGGUGAAAAGAUGGAAAAAAUUGCCAGCAGGAUCCAAAAAAAACUGGAAUCAUGUGGUAGAUGCCAGGGCUGGACCCAGUCUUAAAACAACAUUGAAACCAAAGAAAAUGAAAACUCUGUCUGGAAGCAGAAUAAAGAGCAAUCAAAUCAGCAAACUGCAAAAGGAAUUCAAGCGGCACAAUUCCGAUGCCCACAGCACCACUUCGAGUGCCUCCCCAGCUCAGUCGCCCUGUUACAGUAACCAGUCUGACGAUGGUUCUGACACAGAGAUGAGCGCUGGGACCAGCAGAACACCGGUUUUCUCCUUUUUAGAUCUCACGUAUUGGAAAAGGCAAAAGGUCUGCUGUGGAAUUAUUUACAAAGGGCGUUUUGGGGAAGUCCUCAUAGACACUCAUCUCUUCAAACCUUGCUGUAGCAAUAAAAAGUCUGCCACUGAAAAGCCAGAACAAGAAGGACCGCAAUCUCCAGCAAUCUCCACCCAAGAGGAGUGGUGACUUCCUUGGAUAGCUGCAGAAGGUUUUUCAGAUCCUCUCAUUCUCUGGAAAAAUACUAGAAAAGUGACUGUUCACUUCGGACACCUGCUAUGCUGCCAAAAGACUAUUCCCUGGAACUGUUUUGGGUUUUACUGCUACAAUUCCACAAACUCUGAAGCCAGUUUGUAUCCUUUCAGAAAGACUGUACAUAAUAUUUAAGAUGCUAUGGAACACUUAGCAAAGCUGAAUGCUGCUGCAAGGUUGUCUAAUCUUCCCUCCCCCUCUCCCCCCCACUCGCUUCACAAGUGAAUAUGAGGAUGGGGUUUUGUAUAUUAAAGUAUAUGUAGUUCAUGUUUCUGUAUUGAAAGAAGCAGUGGUUGUAAGGCUUUUUUUUUUUAAGUUGGUUGGUAACCUCCCUUAAAUCCCCAAGAAAAUAUUUCAUUCUUAGACAUGUAUGAGUCAAUAAGAUGAACUAAUACAUAGAAAUGUUAUAAGUCACCUCUCUAGCUAUAUAAAUAUAUAUUUUUUAAAGGUGUGGAGAUCUCACCCUAUACUACUGACGUAACAAAGACAAAUAUUUCAUCCCUCCGAUGUGACACAGACUGGUAAACUGCGGACAUCUCUACUCCAAGUGGUAGUUAUCCGAGAAGGCCCCCAACAUAAAGUGCUCUUCAGAAGGGGUGGGAGAGCUCUCCUCCUUAGCUAAGGAGGAAGAUUUACCUAAGAAUCGAACAUAGCGAGAUGGGAGGCUACUUCCUUUGAACCCAGCAGCAGACACCCCGGGCUUCAUGUAGUAACUGACUGGUAAUUAGAGACGGACCAAGAAAACAUCUUGAUGCCCAAGUUAGGUGUAGAUGAUGGCCAAAACUGAGUAACUGCUAUCUGUUGGCCCAGUGCAGCUGAACCGUGACCACAGGCCAGGCUUCCUGCUGGUUUUGGACCUGACAUAGAACCAAACCCCUCGCUAAGCAAAUCGGGCUUUGGUCCAGGGACACGAUCUGAUCGCAGCCUGGGGUCUGGGUUCACGAUUGCUGUUAUGGAGCCCUUCCCCUGCAGUGCUUCUCUCUGUUUGGGUUUUGGUUUUUUGUUUGUUCAUUUAAACAACUACAAGAUCAAUGCUUUUGUGAAUACUGAAUAUGAAAAUUUCUGUUAAGAAUGGUGCUGUACUGAAUCGAGGCAGCUCUGUUUGUGUACGCGAUCAAAAGAUAGUAUUUCUUACAUGGAUUCCCAGACAAACUCGCGUGCAAACCGUUGUGACACUCCUUCAAACUCCACUUUGCCUGUAGGGUGGAAGCAGCUUCCUGGAAGAGUGUGCUGCAGUUUUAGCUCCCAAUUGCUUCAUGUUCCUUUUAUGAAGGUUUAACUUGUGUAAGUUGGGAAUUCUGCUUUUUUUUGUUUGUUUCUGGUUUUGGGGGGAGGGGGGAUUUUUCUUACUAUUACUCUUUUGGGAUAAUCUAUAAUGAAUUGCUACAAGCUUUCCUUUUUGUGAGAGUCAUUGGCAUAAUACUGUGGUGGGUAGGGCUUAGGACUGGAUUUCCUUGUAAUCUCACUUUCUGAAA